AUGGCUCAACCAAUUGUUCUUGAUCAGGGUACUGGAUUCGUCAAAAUCGGUCGUGCGGGCACGAACUUCCCGGAUUACACGUUCCAAUCCAUGGUCGGUCGGCCCAUUCUGCGUGCCGAGGAGCGCACCGACGGCCUGGAAAUCAAAGACAUUAUGUGCGGCGACGAAGCAAGCGCGGUGCGUUCGGCACUGCAGGUUUCUUAUCCCAUGGAGAACGGUGUUAUCCGCAAUUGGGAAGAUAUGGAGCAUUUAUGGGACUACUCGUUUUACAACAAGAUGCGCAUUGACCCGUCGCAGCACAAGAUUCUGCUCACUGAGGCGCCGCUCAAUCCUCUGGCUAAUCGCGAGCGAAUGGUGCAAACCAUGUUUGAAAAGUACAACUUUAAUGGUGUUUAUGUCGCUAUUCAGGCCGUGCUCGCUCUGUACGCUCAGGGUCUCAGCUCCGGCGUGGUUGUCGAUAGCGGUGACGGUGUUACCCACAUUGUUCCUGUGUACGACUCUGUGGUGCUCAACCAUCUCACCCGGCGUAUCAACAUUGCGGGCCGCGAUAUCACCCGUCAGAUGAUCAACCUUUUGCUGCGUCGCGGUUAUGCCUUCAACCGUACCGCCGACUUUGAGACCGUGCGGUUGAUCAAAGAGAAGUUCUGCUACGUUUCUUACGAUCUUGACUUCGACAAGAAACUCACUGAGGAAACAACUACUUUGAUGGAAGCAUACGAGCUUCCCGACGGCCGGGUCAUCAAACUGGGCCCCGAGCGGUACCUUGCUCCCGAGUGCCUCUUCCAGCCGUACUUGGUGGACUCUGAGGCUCCCGGUUUGGACGAGGCGGUGUUUGGUGUAAUCCAGAGUGCAGAGGUGGACCUCAGGUCAACCCUCUACAAGGCGAUUGUUUUAUCGGGUGGCACUUCAAUGUACCCCGGUCUGCCAUCUCGACUGGAAAAGGGUCUCAAGCAGCUGUGGCUCACAAAGGUUGCAAACAACGAUGCAUCACGCCUCGACAAGUUCAAAGUCCGCAUUGAGGACCCCCCACGCCGUCGUCACAUGGUCUUCUUGGGCGGUGCAGUUUUGGCAAACAUUAUGGCUGAUAAAGACCAGAUGUGGAUCUCUAAACAGGAAUGGGAGGAAGUCGGUCCCCGGGCUCUUGAAAAACUUGGUCCACGCUAG